CUAAAAACAAAAAAACCCAGUUUCUUUUUCUUUCUUCGUUUUAGCUCAAUGACUUUUUUCCCCUUGAAUAAUGACCGGUCGCUUUUUAUAACACUGGCCCUUACGGGCGGUGGGCUAGCAGCUUAUUACUAUUUUAUGCGCACUGUAGCAAAUCCAGACAGCAAACAGCGACCGUUGGAGAAUAUACCUGUUCCCAAAGGAGGUGUCCCGUAUUUUGGACAUUUGUUCGCAUUGACAAGCUCGCCUUCAAGUCAAAUAGCUAAAUGGCAAAAGGAACUUGGCCUGAUAAUGUGUGUGAACAUGGGCGUCAAACCAUGGAUCUUUCUGAGUGACCCUGAUCUGGCACAUGACUUGUUUUGUAAGAACGGUAGCGCUACUUCAAACCGUCCAUUCCAAACAUUUACGCAUCACUAUCAUUCGAAGAAUCGGGGAAUCGCAUUUAACAACCCUUCUUCUCAGUGGAAUAAGACACGUGCAGCAGUAUCACAAUACAUCUCAUCCAAGACCGUUUCCGGCUUGUCCCAUGUUCUUGAACUGGAAGCGGAUGCGCUUGUACAGCGGCUAUUGGAUACUUCAGCCAAAGACGGCCAAGUUGAUAUCGUGGAACCAUUGCAGCUUGCUGCCAUGAACGGUAUUUUGACGAUUGGAUUCGGAAAGCGUGCAUCAUCCAUUAAUGAUCCACUCUUUCAAGCGGUGAUGGGUAAUUUAAACGAAGCUAUCCGGCAUGCUAAUAUGGUGCGGGACAUGCGAGUAUUUUUGCCGGCAUUCUCCUUAUUCGAUUAUCUCUUUCGGCCGGGAAUGCACGGAUUUGUCGAGAAGGAUACCAAUCCUUUGUAUCGUCGGUUGAUCAAGGAAGGACUUGAAAGUAACGCGGAUUGUCUCGUGAAGCGAUUAAGCCAGCUCGACUAUUUAGAUGAAAAGGCACUGAUCGUCACAAUGAACGAUGUCAUUGCUGGAGGAAGUGACACGGUAGCAAUAACAGCAGCAUGGGCCAUGGUCAUACUAUGUCGCCACCAAGAAACACAGCGAGCAGUAAGAAAAGAAGUGGAUGAAUUCAUUGCUAUGCACAAGCGCAUUCCGACAUUCGCGGAUAGAGAUCAACUGCCGCUUUUGGUUUCAGUGCAAAAAGAAUGCAUGCGUUAUCGAGUGACCAGCGCGUUUGGAAGGAUUGUAAGUAUGAAUUUGCUGGUUGUGGCAGUGAUAGUGGCGGUGCUGGUUUUUUUAAUUAAACAUUUACGAUGCCAUCUUUUGACAGUGACAUGUCGCGGGUACUUUAUACCAAAGGGGACUACUCUCGUGAGCAACAUGCGCGCAAUUCAUAUGAACCCUGACGUGUACGACGAUCCUGAGAAAUUUAUACCUGACCGGUUCAUCAAUCGAUCAAAGCCAAUGUACGCAUGUGCAAAUAUGAAUGUUCAGGAGCGAGAUCACUUUGUGUUUGGAUGGGGCAGGCGAACGUGUCCCGGGGUCUACAUGGCUGAAGUAGAAAUAUACAACAUUCUCGUACGGCUACUGGCAAAAUCAAUCAUUGCACCGCCAUUUAGCCCAGACGGGAAGCUGAUAUAUCCUGAUCUGGACAAACUGGAUGAUGUUGGCGUUGUCAUCUUGCCAAAGGACCGAAUUCUUCGCAUUAUUGCGCGGAGUGAUACUCUUAUCUGAUAACCUAAAUGCGCUGAAAAUAUGCCCAUCCCGAUAGAGAAUUAAGACUCGGUUAUCUUAUCUAAAAAUUAUAUAUUGUCCGUUUGCUCCUCAUUAUCUAUCUCUACAUAAAGAAGCGAGAUCAAACAUUUAUAUGCACGGUCUCAAAUAGUUUGACAAGCAGGA